CCCCCUAGGUCAUCAAGGUUCAUAAUGGCUGCGCUCAGUGGAAACAACAUGGAAUCAGAGUAAAUAAUAAAUUAAUGAACAUAUGAACAAUUAUAUGCUGUUACUUACGAUUUGUAACUGUAUUAGGAGAAAGAUGAGUACUUUUGUGUCGGUUAUCAAUCCGACAACCGGCAAAGUGGAUUGGAAACUCCAAAAUGACCAAUACGACUACCAUCAAGAAAUUGCCCGAUCAGGGUAUGCAGAUAUGCUUCAUGAUACAGAGAGGAAUAAGAAGUAUUAUGCUGCAUUAGCAGAGGCUAUACAAAUUAAAAGACAACUUGGGGAACCAGUAAAUGUACUUGAUAUCGGUACAGGAACUGGUCUCCUGUCCAUGAUGGCGGCUAAGUUAGGAGCAGACACAGUCACAGCCUGUGAGGCAUUUGCACCUAUGGCGAAAUGUGCCAAGGAGAUCAUUCUGUCGAAUGGAUUUGCAGAUAAGAUAAAAAUAAUUCCAAAGAGAUCAACGGAAAUCACAGUUGGUUCAGAUGGAGACAUGCCAGAAAGAGCCAAUGUCCUGGUGACAGAAGUGUUUGAUACAGAGUUGAUUGGAGAAGGAGCUAUCAACACCUUUACUCAUGCACACAGAGAACUCUUACAGAAGAAUUGCAUCGUUGUCCCAUCUGCUGCCAACAUGUAUGUGCAAGUGGUCAGUUCUGAUUUUAUCCGGCAAUGGAGGGACAUCAGACCUGUAAAGUUAGAGGGGUUUGGAGACAUUCUUCCACCACCAGAAAUGACCAGCUGUGGAGGAGCACCUGCUCUCCAUGACCUUCAACUCCAUGAACUCCCACAAUCCCUCUUCAAAGUUCUGUCUUCUCCUGUUAAGGUUUUCAGAUUUGAUUUCAGUGGUAGUUCUCCACUAAAAUUUGAGAGCCAAUCCGAGGAGACAUUUGAGGCUUUGAGUGAUGGAGAAACAGAUGGAAUCUUCAUGUGGUGGGACCUGGAAAUGGAUACCAAAAACAACAUCAACUUAAGCUGUGCUCCUGGGUGGGCCCAUCCAAGGCCCAGUGAAUUACAGUGGCGAGACCAUUGGAUGCAGGCUAUUUACUACCCAAAUCAACCUCUCUCAGUGCAGAAAGGUGAAAAUGUGAAAGUCAUCAGCAACCACGAUGAGUACAGCCUGUGGUUUAAUGUAGAAUCUAACAAUAGAACCAAUAGCAAUUCAAACACUGGACCAGCCUGUACCUGUGGAAUGCAUGUUAUCUACAGCAGGUCACAAAUUGGAAUGAUGAAUGAUCCUCAGAGACGAUGUGUCUACUGCAGUCUCUUGAAACAGAAAAUAACAUCAAAUUCAGUGGUUAUGAUUAUAAGUGAUGGAAGCCUGCUACCACUAAUGGCAGCCAAACUUGGGGCAAAAAAGGUGUUUGCUUUGGAAACCAAUAAUUUCACAAGGAAAAUCCUUCAGCAGUUUAUCAAGCAGAAUAAGCUUAAUGAAAAGGUGACUGUUCUUAGUAAAGAACCCGAGGAUCUAACAGAGGAGGAUCUUCAAGGUUCCAAGAUUGACCUAGUGGUAGGGGACCCAUAUUUCCAGUCAGCUGUUUUGCCUUGGCAUCAUGUACAUUUCUGGUAUGCUGCAAAGCAUUUGUCCAGUUUCUUGACUGAUAGUGCAGAGGUGUUACCAAGGUUACUGUCAAUAAAAGCAAUGGCUGUCAGUUUCCAAGACCUGUGGAAGAUCAGAUCACCAGUUGGAAUAUGUGAAGGAUUCAAUAUACAGCUGUUUGAUGAAAUGAUUGAGGCGUCCUCGGAGAUAUCGGACAGUGAGGUGGAACCCCAGCCCUUGUGGGAAUACCCAUGUACAGCCUGUAGUGACCCGGUCACAGUUCAGUCAUUUGAAUUCAGUGAUAAAUCUUGGAUGGAUAAAUCACAGUCUGCUGAAAUCUCUAUCAGACUGGACAAGUCACAAGGUGUGAAAUGCAAUGGGAUUGUGUUGUGGGCCGAAUACCAGUUUACAGAUCAGCUAACUCUUUCUCUGGGACCAAGAAAAAAAGUGACCAUCGGUGAAAAAGUUGAAUGGGACUUCUACAGUAAACAAGGUGUUCAUCUUCUGAUGAACAAAGGGAAAAGUUGCAUAGAAAACUUACAAACCAUAAGUGUGUCAUUGAUUUUUGUGCCAGGAAGUGGAGAUUUUGAUUUUGUUUUCAAGACAAUAAAUGCAUGAAAGUAU